CAAAGUCCUUCAGCCAGCAACCUUUUGCGACGAGGUUGUGGUUAUUCAUCUAUUAUUGUUUAUUUUAGUAUUUGCCAUUUUCCUCCAAAAUAUAUCAGCUAGACACUAUCGCCUACCAGCUAGCUAACCAGCUGUAUUACAAUCAACAGCUGCUGUUCUGCAUGCAGUCAUUCUGCACCGGUUGCUUGCUAACAUAAUAUCUGCAUUGUUUUCCUGACUGAAGAAACCAGAAUCUCUGCAACUUCAAAUUCUGACAGAAGUUGAAUGACAUAUUCCUGGUGUAUUUUAUUUCCGCGUAUCCUCCGAGGGCUUCCUGGGUGUUCAGUGAACACGUUUUUUUCUUUUUACAAAUUGGAAAGGAAACGGAUACAGUUUUGCAUAGUUAGCUAGCGAGUUAGCUGCGUGCAUUGUGUGUGCAACAGGCAGGUUUUUGGUGCUGUUAAUAUCAGAAGGCUCAUUCAGGUCAAUGUCCAGAGGUGCCGGGAAGAAGAAAAAGCCUGGGCUGAAGAUCCCAGAUGAGGUCUUCAAACAGAAGGAGCCCAACCCGGUGCCCCCCCGAAACUUGGACUCGAGAACCUUCAUUACCAUAGGAGACAAGAACUUCGAGGUGCAGGCAGAUGACCUUGUGUCCCUGUCUGAGCUGGGCCGAGGGGCUUAUGGUGUGGUGGAGAGGGUACGGCAUGCACAGAGUGGAACCAUCAUGGCCGUCAAGAGGAUAAGAGCAACAGUCAACAGUCAGGAGCAAAAGAGGUUACUGAUGGACCUGGACAUCUCCAUGAGGACGGUGGACUGUCCAUACACGGUCACCUUCUAUGGAGCUUUGUUCAGAGAGGGUGAUGUGUGGAUUUGCAUGGAGCUGAUGGAUACCUCGCUGGACAAGUUCUAUAAAAAAGUGAUUGAGAAAGGCAAGAAGAUCCCAGAGGACAUCCUUGGGAAAAUGGCAGUAUCUAUUGUGAAAGCAUUAGAACAUUUGCACAGUAAGCUGUCUGUGAUUCAUAGAGAUGUGAAGCCUUCCAAUGUACUCAUAAACAAAGAGGGCCAUGUGAAGAUGUGUGACUUUGGCAUCAGUGGGUACCUGGUGGACUCUGUGGCCAAGACGCUGGACGCCGGCUGCAAGCCCUACAUGGCUCCCGAGAGGAUUAACCCGGAGCUGAGUCAGAAGGGUUACAACGUCAAGUCAGACGUGUGGAGUCUGGGAAUCACAUUGAUUGAGAUGGCCAUCCUGCGCUUUCCGUACGAGUCGUGGGGCACGCCCUUCCAGCAGCUGAAGCAGGUGGUGGAAGAGCCGUCCCCUCAGCUCCCGGCAGACCGCUUCUCCAAGGACUUUGUCGAUUUCACUGCACACUGUUUGAAAAAGAACCCAAGCGAGAGACUGAACUACCUUGAGCUUAUGGAGCACCCAUUCUUCAAGACACACGACUCCAAGGAAACAGAUGUAGCUUCUUUUGUGAAAGAGAUUCUUGAUGAUAGCCACAACUGACCCCCUCCUCCUCUGCUGUUUUUUUUUUUUCUGUUUGUACCAUAAAAGUGUACAUUAGCCUCCCUAGAUUUACAGUGGAAAAAAACGGUGACUCCCAUUUGCCAAGAAAACCAUUUAGAAGCACGGUGGACUUGCCGAAACGGUAUUUACAGUAUUUGUUAGCUGUUUUUAAGAUGUUCAGAUACAUGCCUACGGUUUGGUAUACAGAGACGAAGGAAAAUGUCUCUGAUCAUUCACACCAGACAAACACACAGGUAUCACUUUAACCUUUUCUCAAAUUACAGUGUUUGAACUUUGGGGGUAAAAAAACCUCCCUCUUGGUCCAUGAAAUCCCUGAAAAUGAUAAAGCUCUCUUGUUGAAGCUAUGCCAGUGGCCCAACCACACACAUACACACACACACACACACACACACACACACACACACACACACAUACACACAGACACACACGCGCACACACAUGCAGUGUGUACAUUUUCUGUGUCCACUCAGAGGCUCAUCUGUGUGUGCUGAACACCACCAUAAGCUUCUAAGGGGCUGCUUUACUGUUCUGUCUGUAUUGUGUAUAUAUGGCAGUGAAUAGCCUGCUGAAUGUAUUCAAAAAUAGGUGUGUGGGAAAUGGUUUUCAGAGUCAGUCUAAAGGUUGCAUUUAUUUAUUUGAAUCUGUUUUGUAGUUGGGAAAAUGAGGGGAAAAGCACUAUCUUGCAUCUAAGUUAAAUAUGGCUAUUCUCAAAGGCAUAGAAAUGUGAAAUACCCUUUACAAAAGCAAAUCUUUAAGGCUCAAUUUUUACACAUUUAUUUUUUAUCUUAUAUGACUUCUCUCUUUGUUGGAUAUCCCUGUUGGUGGCUGCUAUCAGCCAUGCUCAACUGGAAUGCAUUCAGAAAUGUGUAGAUUGAUUAUAAUGGGAAAUUCAAAGGAAAAUCAGUCUGCUAACCCGCUGAAGUGCCUCUGACAUUGUGAAUGGAAAAAAAAGCCUUUAGAUGUUAAUCCCAAAACCUUAAGAAGUAGUAAUAGUAUUUGGUUGAUGCUGUCUCUCACAGGGUCAUUGCAGGUCUAGAUGCCUUGCCCAUAUGUCAAUAAGACAGACGGAAAGAGUUAGACUAGGUAUAGUAACUUCAGAAUUUUCUACAGAGGCAAAGCCAGAGACUCUCUCUAAGGCACCCCCUUCUCCACAAGAACAAGUCAACCAGAGGUACACCUGCCCUGGCUCAAUAGAGUGACUAGUCAUGCAAGUCAGCACUCCCUCUCCUGGCCAGCAUGGGAUUGUUCAAUCUAUUUUUAUGAGUGUUAGAUUUAUUGUUCAUUUUUUAUUUUGGUUGCGUGACAUUUCUGGCCGGGCAUGGUCUUACCCCCUGCCCCACUCUCCCGCCCCCCCCUC